CUCGAGCUGUCCCGCCCAAGCGGACCCCGCAUCCUCAAGUCCGUGCCCCUGGACACCCAGCUUCUUCCCGACUUGGUCAUGGCGCUGUGCCUGAAGCAGGUGUUUGCCAAGGACAAGACGUUCCGGCCACGGAAGCGCUUUGAGCCAGGUACGCAGCGCUUUGAGCUGUACAAGAAGGCACAGGCGUCGCUUAAGUCGGGCCUGGACCUGCGCAGUGUGGUGAGGCUGCCACCCGGCGAGAACAUCGACGACUGGAUCGCCGUGCACGUGGUGGACUUCUUCAACCGCAUCAACCUCAUCUACGGCACCAUGGCUGAGCGCUGCAGUGAGACCAGCUGCCCGGUCAUGGCCGGCGGGCCCCGCUACGAGUACCGCUGGCAGGACGAGCGCCAGUACCGGCGGCCGGCCAAGCUCUCGGCGCCGCGCUACAUGGCGCUGCUCAUGGACUGGAUCGAGGGCCUCAUCAACGACGAGGACGUCUUUCCCACGCGUGUUGGAGUUCCCUUCCCCAAGAACUUCCAGCAGGUCUGCACCAAGAUCCUGACCCGCCUCUUUCGAGUCUUUGUCCAUGUCUACAUCCACCACUUCGACAGCAUCCUCAGCAUGGGGGCAGAGGCGCAUGUCAACACCUGCUACAAGCACUUCUACUACUUCAUCCGCGAGUUCAGCCUGGUGGACCAGAGGGAGCUGGAGCCACUGAGGGAGAUGACAGAGCGGAUCUGUAACUGAGCCCAGGCCUGGACAUUGUUGCGCGUCAGAUGGACCAUCUGAAGACAGAGUGGUGGGGCAGGGGACCCUCAGGAGCCUGGUGGUAGAAGAGUCUGAAGGCUCUGGGAACCCUCCACACACCCAAAGCCUCUGGACUUCUGGUUCUCAGGAGUCUGCUUAUAUGUCCCCCUGACUCCUUGUGAAUGGAGAAGGGGGGGAAGGCUUCAAGGUGGGCAAACAGGGAGUAAGGAGGAGUUAAACCCCUGGCAUGAAGUCUUGGAGUAGGGUAGGCUAGAAGAUUUCUUCUCUGAUACUUUACCCUUCCAUGGUGGUUCCCAAGCCUAUCUGGGGAAUGUGUGGCUGAGGUAAUGUCAAGAAAGGUGCGAGGGAGUGAGCAUCCUGUGCGUGAGUGAGCACAGAUGCCUCUGCGUGCAUGUGUGUGUGUGUCUGUAAGAACUAGCUGCCUUAGACCUUCUCUGGCACAUGGUAGGCUCUCUAUAAAUGUUGAAUGGAUAGAUGGAUGGAUGCAUGGAUAAACAGGUAAAAAGACUGAGACCAUCACUCCAUGACCACUGUAGCAGUGAUGACAGGUCAGUGUCCCCGCUCAGUGUAUCUGACCAUGUGUGUAAGUGCACAAAAUGUGGUUGUAGAUGGAGUCCUAUGUUUGAACUUUCCAGGCUACCAUCUUCCAUCAUCAUGAGUCUUGGAGAGCUGGGGGAGGUAGGAAGGGGAGACUUGCCCUGAGUUCCUAAACCCCUGGCCCACCACAGACACAGGUUCUGAUUUGCUCAGCCAGGGAUGCCCAUGAGCUAUCAUUUCACUCAUCCCUCCACCUCCAAAAGGGCCUGAUUAUAGACAGCACCCUGGGGAUUGGGUAUGAUUCCUUACGUCUACAAAGGUUCCUUGCCCUUAAAUUUGGAAUCAUGUACUCCAGUCUAGCUCCCAGAAUCUACAGACCUGGCUCCUAGGAUCUGAAGCCCAGCACAAAAUAAUCCUCCAGCCCAAAGAGCUAGUGGAACUUGAAAUGGGAACUCUGGAGUUUUGUCUCCCAUCCCAGGACUUCAAAGAUCAUGUAGCUGGUGAAUGGACUUUUCCAGCUUGGAGAGAUCCCAUCCUAAAAGUACCUCCAUCCCUCCCAACCAUCCCUGAGACAUUCCAGCUUAGCUGAACCUCAGAACACAUCUAUCCACAGAGACCAGGAUGUUCAUUCAGCACUCCGUUAUUCAGUACCUCCAUGUCCAGACCCAGAUAGGUAAACUGAGGCAGGAACUGAGUUCUGCCCUCGCAGAGCCUCCUCUCUGGAAGGCCAGGAUGAAGAGCCAGAAGGGACCUGAGAAUCAUCCAGUCUCACUCUCUUAAUGUACAUAGGAGGAAACUGAAGCCAAAAGAAGAGGAGGGAGAACCUGUCCAAGGCCUCACAGUGAGGUUUUUGUGGAGCUGGAGUAGAAACCAGGGAUUCUGACUCCCACCACAGGGCCCAUUGACUGCAACACAGAAAUGCACAUGGAAAAAGGGUUUGACAGACCCUCUCCAGGACACAACUGUUCCUGCUUUCAGCAAGGAUUUCUAGCCUGAUGCCAGAGUGUCUCACCACCCCUGGGAUUGGCUAGGGUUGUCUGCUGAGCCAAGCCUCCAAAAUCAUGCCCCUCUCAAUGGCCUAGAAGCUGCCUGCCCUCUGGGGAAACAGAUGGUGAUCUUGGGGCCAGCCAGCUGGGCCUGGGACUGCUGCCUCUGCUGCCUCCAGAGAAGAUCCCAAGGGAAAAUGCUUGCCUGGCAGCUUUGCCAGAGGGUCUGGAGUAAGGGGAGUUAGAGCUUCCCCUAGGGUGGACUGUGGGUUACAAGAUGUAUUCUAGGCUUUGGCAAGGACUGAUUGUGGAAAGGGGAAGUGGGAAAAUUUAUUUUUGUGAA